UUUGAACCUUUACCAUCUGUAAAUGAAUCAUCAAUUGUCGAUAAUCGAACUGGUGAAAUUUCUUUUCAAACAUUAAUCACUAUGCCUGCUGUAAUGUGGAAUUCAUGUUUCGAUGCAUACAGUCAACCAUUUCAAUCAGCUAGAAAUGUAUUUCGACAUCUUUUUCCACGUGAUAAAACAAUCAAUUUUCUUCUCGAUAAUUGUGAUUCAAUUCUUAAUUAUUGUUUAUAUUUUUUAUUCAACAAAAUUCCUAUCGAACUUUUUUAUAAUACAUCAUUGCCAGCUGAUUCGAUUCGAAUGUUUGAAGAUCAUCAAAUUGGAACAUGUUUAUUGAGUCUUUCAACAAUGAUCAAUGAAUUGUUAUGUUUCUAUAGGAAAAAUAAUAAUAAAAACAUUGAUAAUGUUUAUCAAUGUUUGGAAAAGAUUUUCAUUCGUCUUAACGAUGAAUUUAUACGAUGUAAAGGUCUAAUGGUUAAUGAUGAUACCGAUAAUAAUGAUUAUCAUAGUCAAACAUCAACAACAAAAAAAACAUUGGAAAAUCAAUUUGAAGAAUUAGAAAUGAGUAGAAAAGAAAAGAAAAAAUUGAAUAAGAAAAAAAAUCUAACAAAUAAACAAGAAAAAAUUGAACGAAAAAUUUGUUCCAUAUGGAAUUCGACAACAUCGAAUAAUGAUUAUAUAAGAAUUGCAUCGUUUCAAGCUUUAAAUGCAUUUACUCGAUUGACUAGUUUUUUCUUUGGCAAUGAUAAUAAUUUUAAUGAAGAAAAUUUUAAAAAUAUUUCCAAACAACGAUUAUGGUUUAAAUUAUAUAAAGGAAAUUAUUUUACAACCAUUAUGAAUGGUAUGAUUGAUUCAACUAUUGAAAUUCGUGGUAUUUCAUGGUUAUUGGCUUCACAUUUAUUAUCUAAUCAUAAUGAUAAUAAUAUUUUCAAUCAAUUAUGGUCGAUUGUUAAUCGUAAUGAUUGGUUGGAAAAAACAUUAAAACCAUUUAUUGCAAAUGGAAUGAAAUCACCUGGUUCUAUUAUUGAUUUUGGUAUCGAUCGUAUUGGUUUGAAAAGUUAUUCGACAUUAUAUCCAGAAUUAUCCUAUCAAAUGGAUGCAUAUUUCAGUGGUUUAGGUUUAAUUUGUCCACAAUAUUAUGAACGUUGUUUUAUGACAAAUUUUAAUGAUAAAAUUAAUUUGAUUAUGAUUUUUAUUCGUUCAUUUAAUCAAAAUCAAACAACAAUUGAAAAUUGUCAUUCAAUAUUUGAUUUAUUUCUUACCAAUCUAUUGGAUUCAUUCAAAAAUAUUGGCCUUUUAACCGAUUUAUUAUUUUUGAUUGAAUUAUUUUUCAAUAUAAUAUAUUUAGCUUUGCAAGAACUAUCGUUGUUUCGUCCAUCCGAUGAACGACAGAUGAUGAUUACAUCUUGUAUUGACCAUUUACAUUGUUUAUUAAAACAAACGAUAAACCAGGAAAAACGUGAUUUAUAUCUUCGUAGCCAGAUUUAUUCAAAUCAUUUAUUAUUGAUUAAUCGUUUGAUGAAACAACAAAAAUUUGAUGAACAAUAUCGAUCCAUAUUGCAAACACGAUUGUCAAACAUUUAUGAAGAUUUAUUAACAACAAAUUUUCAUCAUGAUCAUAAUAUAGCUAUUUUACGUUUUAUGACCGAAUCAUUUUAUUAUUAUAAU